GUGGGAAGACAAUCAGCAUUCGCCUGAGGCGGAAAUCGGCGGGUUCUGGUCAGGAAAUGUGGUGUGACCCCUGUGCGCAAGAAAAUUUGAUGUGGCUCCUGUGGCCCUGAUAGGCGACAUCGCUGCAGUGCUGCACUCCCGCGAGGGCCUGUCCGACAGCGCCGCGGCAUAGCACAGAUGGUCGAAAGCGCUGCGAGCAUGAAGUUAUGCGAGCGCGAGUCAAAGGCAUUGGGGUCUCAGGUCUACGCGUGAUGAGGGGCCCGUGACAUGCUCAAGUCAUCUGGCACGCUGCGGGCGGGGCCUGGCGGGGCACGGCCGAUGACGUCAAGCGGGGAGGCUUAAGGUCGUAACUAGCUUAUGCCAAUAUGGCCACAUCAUCAUUCAUGUAAACCUACAGCGACAGCUGAGCCAAGUACGCAACCCUGUUCACCGCGGAUAAAGGCACUAGCUCUAAGCCUGAUGACAAUGCAAAGGAUGCAUGCAUACAACUUUAGCGUAUUAUGAGACUGGAGUGUGAACGUGAGCGCCAACUGGUAACUUUGACUGGAAUGGUGUUCUUGCAAGAGUGACAUUGCCGACGCUGUUUUACAUGGAAAUCAUAAACACUAAGCAAGACCCUCCCCGUGAGGGAGAAGGCUUCGCCGGUAUUUGGGGAAAAGCGUUGCGCCCACUGCACGACCAUGGCCGGUUCCGCACUGACCCAGGCACCGAGGAGCCUGUGUGCAGCCUGUGUGGACAGCCGCACACGGAUGCAGCUCGGGGGGUGGCAAAGCCUUGGCUGGUGUGUGAGGUGGAGCAACCGGCGGACACCGACGUGCCCUUAGUCACUGCAAAGCUUUGCAGGCUGCUGACGUGCGUCUGCGACAAGUGCCAGCCAGCGGCAGCGGCGGCAGCUGGUGCUGAGGCGAUGGGGCCGGGUGGCGGGGCCGACACAGCGUGCACGUCGCCGCCAUGGAGCACCGGGCAAGCGAGUGGGGAUGCACUGCCGAACGGCCUGCACGGGACCGCGGGCUCGGGUGAUGUGGGCAGUCCGGUGCGGCCGGCGGAGCAGCAGGCGGAGCAUGAGCUACCAGGACAGCGGGUGACACGGUCGGCGUCAGCGGCUGACGUGAAACUCGCAGGGGGUGGGAGCGCGCCCGCAAGCAAGGCCGGCCUUGCCAGCAACAUGUGCUUCGGUGCUGGUGUCAGCGGCGCGGUGGCUUCGGCAGGCACGCAGCUCCCGAGGUCAGCGGCUCCGACGCCAUUUGCUGCGCCCUCAGCAGGCGGACCAGCAGCAGCGCGCCGGGCCAGCGCGCCGCCGGCACCUACCGGCGCGUUGGAGGUUGCGGCAGGUGCACGGCUCACCUCAGGGGGCACAGCCGCAGCUGCCCCACCGCCGGCACAGCCCCCGGCGCCGCGGCCGGAAGGGCAGUCGCCGGAGCGGGGGCAUCGUGCCCGCCCUCCUCCUCGUCCUCCUUCGGGGCACCCGCCGCACCAGCACCUGUAUGUGCAGGCGGAGCUGCGGUUCAACUGCGAUUACACCGCACCGGAGGAUGAGCCGGGGAUGGAGCCGAGAUUUACGUGGCGCUACUGGGUGGCACUGAUGCCAGCUGCCGCGGCGGCCGCGGCGGGGGGAGGCUUGCCACCCAACACGUCGCUGCGCGUGCUGAGCAGCCCGGAGGACGUGCGCAGCUUUCUGGUGGAACCGGAAGUGGCGGCAGCGCUGUCGAGCACGGCCAAGGAGCUGCUGAAUAACCUGACUUUCGACACGGACAGCUUGGGCCAGGUCGCGGACGACCCCGACUCGGCGGUGCUGGUGGAGGCACUGCGCAUGUUGGCGGUGUGGGUGCAGGAGCCGCCGGCCACUGCCGACCAACCAGGCCUGGCGCCGGAGCCCGGCCGCGUGCAGGCGCCGCUCGAGGAGCCGCGCGCUCCACUGCGGCAGCGCCUGCUGCGCUGGGCCUCUGAAGUGCUAGAAAGCGACUUCAUACGGACCUCGCGCAUCGCGCCGCGGCCUGCGGUGCGCCUGCUGCACGACGGGGAUCAGGGCAAGCCGCGGUGGAGCGUGUGGCAGCUGCUGCACGCGCCGCCGUACUCUCACAGUGUGGCCGUGACGCUGCUGCACCAAGCAGAAGACAGCCAGGAUGACCAAUCCAUGCGUCGCAGCCCGCUGCCGACCAUCAUCCUGCAGCGCCUGGUGGCGCUACUGCGCCGGCGUGCGAAUAAGGUUAACGUUGAGUGGCAGAUUACCCCCGGCAAGCUGUUGAGGGAGCUGCAGUGCCAGGAGCUGCUGUACUCGGUAGCGCGGGGAGCAAGUGCUGGGGCCGCUGGGGCCGUGCAGGGAGCGGCUGGGCGGCUGGGUGCGGCGGGCGGGACACAGAGAGCGUACGCGCUGCUUCGCGACCUCAACACCGACGCGGAAACGGUGUGCAAUCUGAUCCGGCCCGACGUCGCACUAGAUGGCAACUUCGCACUAGAUGGCAACAUCGCUUGCUGUGCGCAGUGCGGCGGUGAAGCCGAUGAUUCCAGGUCGCAAUCGGAGCUCGUGAUGUGUGACAUCUGUGUGGACUCGUUCUGCCACACCUGCAUGCGCUCGACGCCCGGCUGGGACGACUUGGCGAAUGACCCGUGGGUGUGCCGGUACUGCCGGCACACCUUAAAAGCCGCCACCAUUGAGGAUGAGCUGGCGGAGGUGCGGCAGGGGCGCCAGCGGCAGCAGGCCGUCCAGGUCAAGGGCGAGCCGGGCGCCUCGGAAGAGCAGCUGGACGAGGAGGAGGAUGGAGUGGAGGGCGAGGGCGCUGAGGAGGUUGACGAGGACCAGGGCCAGGCGGAGGAGGAGGAGGACGAGGAGGAGGACGAGGAGGAGGAGGAGGAGGAGGAGGGGGAGGAGGACGAGGAGGAGGAGGAGGAGGAGGAGCAGGAGGAGGAGGAGGAGGAGGAAGGAAAGGAGGAGGACAGCACCGGCCUUAUGGGCAGCAGCGAGGGCGACAGUGGGCCGGCGCAGAGCUCCGAGGACGGCGGCGGUGGUGGAGGCAGACAAGGGGCCCGGCCACGGCGCGGCAGGGACGCAACAUCUCCGGCCGCAGCAGCACCACCGCCAGCCGCAGCAGGGGCGGGGACAGAGCCGGCGGCAGGGACGGACUCGGAUACAGCGGACGACUCUUGUUUGACGGGUGAGAGCGAGCAGUGGGAUGCGGAGGGGGGCCGCCGCCGAGCUGCGCGGCUGGAGGCGGGCCUGCGGGCGGAGUGCAGGGCAGCAGGCGGCCCGGUGCGCUGGAUCCAACGAAGGGAGCGGCACGCGCACCCAGGGCUGAUCGCUGCGGCUGGGGGUGCUGCAGGGAGGGAGCGGCAGCCCGACUACAAUGUGGGCAUAAGAGCUGCUGCGCCGCAGCAGCGCAACGCAAGCGACGCCGGUGUAGCUGCUGCGGGCGCCACGGGGCAGGCGGCUGGAACUGCCACCACUGCCGCUUGGGGUGGCGGUCGAGGCAGAGGUCGCGGUGGAGGCCGCGGUGCAGCAGGCCUAAAUGCCACCCAGGCUGCUCGUGCUGAUGGCGAUGUCCCCAAGGGGCGGGCAGGUCCUGCUGCUGCUCAUGCGCCCGCCUUGCCUGCACCGGUGCAUUGGGGUGCUGGCGGCGCAGCGCCGGCGGCUGCCGCUGCUGCCAGUGACAGCGACAGCGACGCAGAGAUGGAGCUGGCGGCUCAAGACCUGGACCCUUUGGCUCUGGCGGCCGUGAGAGAGGCGGGCGCGCACAAUGCUCGCAUUACCGAGGACGCCAGGCGGCGGCGCCGGGAGGUGGCAGCAGCGACUGCUGCAGCUGCAGCUGCGGCAGCCCGGGCUGUUGACAUUGCGGAAGAAGGAGAGGACGAGGAGACGUCAGUAGACCUGGUGCCUGUGGGUGUGCAGCGGGGCACAGCGGGGGGCGGGGCUGUGGCUGCGGCCACGGCGCAUCCCGCGGCAGCGGCGGCGAUGGCCAGACGGGGCGCGCAGAAGCGGAAGGCGGAUGCCGAAGUAGCACCGCCCGAGCCGAAGCGGCGCCCACCCGCCGCACCCAGCCGAGUUCAAGCCGGUCAAGGUGCCGGCGGCGGCGCGGCUGGCACUGCCGCUGCUGCCCCGGGCGGCGGUGGCGGUGCAGGUGCCGGCCACGCGGCCAGGCCGCCCGCCACCAACCGCCGCCAGUCGGGGGCGAGCAACAGCUCUGCUGACACGGUCGGUACGGACGCUACCCAGCCGGUGGACGAGGAGGGUGAGGAGGAGGAGGAGGAGGAGGAGGAUGACUGCCUGCAACAGGCCACCAGGGACAUGCAGCGGCAGCGGGAAAGGCCCCUGCCGCCGCAGCACACGCGUGGCCGGCCUCCCGCGCCCAAGGCCGGUCGACGUCCUCUCGCAUCUGGCGGCGCCGCGGCCGUGGGUAGUAGGCCGAAGCGCAGGGCGGCGGCCCUGGCCCAAGAGCGUGUGGCAAGGGCUCUCGGGCCCCAGCCCAUGUUCGCGCCUGAUGAUGAGCCGCCUAAGAAGCGCAGGCGUGGGCCUGGCCCGUUGCAAGAGCUGGCUGUGGAGGUCAUCUCCCUCUGUGACGAGGAGGAGGAGGAGGAGGAGAUGGAGGAGGAGGAGACCAACCGGGUGGUCCUCCGAGGGUCAGGGCGGGUUGGCAGGGGCCGAGCAGCAGCCGCGGCAGCAGCCCCCGCGCCUGCACCUGGGCCCAGGGCGGGGCCGGCUGGCGGCCAGGGCCAGGUGGCGGCGGCGGAUGUGGGUCGUGGCGGCGCCGGCGGCGGUGCUGGGCGUGGCGGGGGUGCUGCUGCUGGUGCUGUUGGUGCAGGGCCCGGCCACGGGGCCACAGCGCCGCUCAGACCGACUGCAGUGCACCAGGCGGCUGCGGCGGCCGUGGCGGCGUCCGGACCAGCGGCCGCUCCCUCUGUCAGCGUAUCAGGGGGGAACGGCAGCAGCGCGGCCCCAGGCAGAAGGACUGGAGGCGGUGUCUCGGGCGGCCGGCUACCUUCGGGCCGUCAGGCGGAUGCGGGCGCGGCUGUGGGCGGCGAUGUGCCGCAGCCCAGCUUCAACACCCAGGCUGCGGCAAGGGAGCUGGAGGCCCUGCAGCAUGCGGCAACGCCCGGGUAUAGGGCGCGGCCGCAGGCUGUGCAGCAGCAUGAUGCGCACGGCAGCGCAGGGGCGGCCGUGGCGCUGGCGGCGGGCGCCGCCACUGCUGGCACGGCUGCCGGUGUCGUUGCAGGCGUGGGUGCGGCCGCCAACGGCAGCGGCCCGCACCGGUCCUUGCAUGACGUGUGGAACGCUGUGGUCUCGCUGCAGCAACAGCUGUGGCAGGAGCCAAUGCGCGAACAGGUGGAUGCCUUUGCAAAGUUCAUCUUCACUCGGGUGCGGAAGCGAUGCAAUGAACCGGAGAUCGCCCAGGCGUUGAUAGGCGUGUUGAAUCGCUUGGAGGGGCUGUCCAAACCGGCGGGCCCGAAGGACCUGCAGGCCUGCAUGCACAUACUGCAGCAGCGGCUGUAGCGGCCGACACUGCGGCGGGGUGGCGGCGGCAGUGGCGAGGGCGGCGGUGCAGGUGAUGGCGGCGGUGGCGGUGGCGGUGGCGGCGCCGGCAGCACAGCAGGCACUGUAAUGUUUGCGUGGCUUUGUGGCAGGGGUGGGGAGGGACUGAGUCCGAUUCGACUCGAGAGGAGUGGAUAGGGAGCGCACCGUGUGUGGCCGGUCCUUUGCUUUGAAGGUCGGCGACGCCUUACUGAGACCCUUGGUAACAGUGGUAGACCCAAGCACCAAAGCAUGGCUGCUAUUGCAUGUACAGCGGGCUGUCCUGCGUGACAACUGUUUGGUCGGGGGGCGCCUGGGAUAAGCGAUAGCUGUAUGUGCGUGCGUGUGUUGCACUGCGGAACUCAACCAGAAGUUUGUAUAUAAAGCGCCAUGCGCGCAUGUGUAUGUGUGGGUGUGUGUUGAGGGAAUGGGGGCUUGUCCGUUACUUACUGUUCGGUGAUACCGUAUCGUUCGUAAUGACAAGGAAAAUGGUGUGAGACGCAAGGUGAGGUGUCUCGCCGCGGUCCAUUGUUAUGGGACGUUUGUGGGGGGUUGCUUUGGCUAAACUUUCGUGGGCCUUGGCGCACGCUUGAAUGAAGGAGUAUCGGUAGCAGCGGCAGCAGUGGACGCUUGGACUGUGCGCAAUGCACUGACUCAUGACUGGACUCCGUAGCAGGCUGGUUCAGUGUGGACACACUCGGGAUGUCAGGGAAUUGGUGGUUGCUUGUGGAGAGCGUCAGAGCCCGCAUAAUCUUGCUUGCACAUGCAUCCAAGUCGUAUAUUGCAUAGCAAAUUAGCGGUCAUUUCCUGCAGGGGUGCCCCCACGGGAUGUUCGAUCUCUUGUAACAAGCGGGGGACUUUCUGCACUGACCCCACGCAUCGGCUACUUUUCUGGGUUGCAUCACUUGCGUUUUAGGGCUGCGCGCGGAGAGGCAGUCAACGCACCGACGUGCCGACGUACAGUUGCAUGGCUGGGCGCACGGGCCUCUGGUCGUACGGACAACUGCGUGAAGUGUGCGUGUGCACCUCAAAUAUGCAUCUUGUGGACGUGCUCAUAUCACGCCUGCCUUCAACUGUGGUACGUUGAGUCGAACUGCGCCCGAGCUUUGCAUGCCAGAUUGCCAAUGUCAGAUAGGGUGGGGGUUCCCCUGGGAAUCGGGCAAUCAGCCCAGGGGAGCCCCUGGCAACGUGACAGCACAGCGGCGUGGGGUAGGCGUGCGGUUGACCGAUCCGCAGAUGGG